AUGGCCGGCGGCGGGGACGCGCUCCGCGCCCUGCUCCGUGCCGCCAACGCCCUCCUGCAGCAGCGCCGCUACCGCGCCGCGCUCGCCGUCCUCAAGGGCUUCCGCAACGGGGCCGUUUAUGGAGCAAAAAUUCGUGCCCCGCAUGCCCUGGUGAUGACUUUCCUGUUCAAGAGCGGAAGUUUAAGAGAGAAAUUGAAAUCGAUUGCUCAGGCUACGUACACUCAUUCCCGGAACUUGGCGUAUUUUGUGUUCACCUACAAGGGGCUGAUGGCGUUGCAGUCCCGACUACAGGGGAAAAAAAUUCCAUUUCAUUCUUUCUUUGCAGCCUGCAUUGGGGGUUGGCUAGUGUUCGGUGAGAACAAUCCCAUCAACAGCCAGAUCAUUAUGUACCUGCUGUCUCGUAUCCUGUUCGGCUUGUCUCGGCUGGCAGUGGAAAAGGGCUAUGUCCCACAGCCAAAGCAGGAUCCCUUUCCGCUUGUCGCUGCUCUGAUAUGGGGGAUAGUUCUCUGGCUCUUUGAAUACCACCGGCAAACUCUGCAGCCUUCUCUGCAGUCCUCCAUGACCUACCUGUAUGAUGACAGUAAUGUAUGGCAUGACAUUUCUGACUUUCUCAUUUAUAACAAAAGGACAGACAGCAAGUAGGUGGUUCAUUGUAAAACACCUUUGAAUGGGACGGUACCUUCCAGCAGCUAAGAGAAAAGAUUAUGCUGUUGCUCUUGACUGGUAAUUUUUUUAAAUUAAUAUCUAUCAAGCAGAGUUGCCUCUUGUGUCCAGGCCAAAAUGUUCUGAUUGGUCUUCUCUUGGCUCUGUUUAGAGCCAGUAAAUACCCCACAGAAACUUGUUGCAGUCUUUUUUAAGAGAGGCCUUAUUUUCCCUACAAGUAUGGCUUUUGGAUUUUUUGUUUUUUAAGAAACUAAACAUACUUAUAAAAUGACAGCCUGACAGUAAGUGGAGAGUAUGUCUAAUUAUGAAAAAAUGUUCUAGGGAUCGUCUGAAUGCUCGCAAGACAGAAGCAUUUUUCUGUGCUGCUGUGCUAACCGUAGCGUGAUGGGAGUGGGGGACCUGCUCGGGUCUGAAAGCAGGGACAUAAUUUCUUGAUUUCUGUGGAUGACCGGAAAUCUUGUUUAAACUAUUACAAGGACAGCUGUGUGCUCCUUAAGAGAGUUUCUCUGCAGUUUUCCAUCAGAGAGACAAUAAGAUGUUUGAGAAUAAAACUGUUAAGAUUGUCUGGUACAAGCCUGGUGAAUCAGGCUUGGAAGGACUAUUUUUGCUCGGUUUCUUUCAUGCACUUGGGCUGAAUCUGUCCCUCUGCAGAGUGCACUAAUUAAUACCCUGUAAUUACUUUAAACUUACUUGUGAAAGCUGCUUGAACUAAAUACCAAAAACAGUUACACAACUUAGACUCCUUUGGAAACAGGCUGAGGCGCAUUGCACGCCCUCAGAUAUCACACUGAGUACUUUAUAUGUAGAAGCGAGCAACGCUUCUAACAAGCACUUUUAUUUUGGUGGAAGAUAAGCACGUGGGUUUCUUUUAGGUCCAGAAUCUAUCCUCCACAGCAGUGGCAUGUGUUAGCUGUAAUCAAACUUGAAUGUACCUGUAGUUUGUGCAGGCUUGUUGCUGAGCCAGGUUGAGGCCACAGAUGAAUAUACGAGUGAAUCUUCCUCUUAAAAAUACACUGCUGAGCCACAGGAAUAGUGCAGCACACACUGGGCUUUAACAGAAGAUUGACUAGAUAGCUGAGAAAGAACAAAACUGUUUUAAAAUUAAUAAAUUCAACCUGUUAAUAGUGCAAAGCACACUACCAUAUAACACUAUACCAUUCACUUAAUGAUGUACAUGAAAAUAAUUCCUGAUGGACUGGUUUUAUGUGGUGAUAUUCACAAGAGUCAUUAAGUUCCCUGUGCUAACCGUUCCCUUUUGGCUCAGUCGGGACUAUUUUGUUCGCUCUCCCUGUACCCAUCCGCUUUUCCAUCCUGACCUGACCAUGUCAUUUCAUAAUCCCGCUGAUGCUGUUCUUCAUUGUCUUUUGCAGUCUCUUUACACUCCAGGCUCUAGCAAUUUGUCCUAUUCAAUGGUAUGACUGAAGCAAUACACUUAAGUUCAGGUAGCUUCUGAGCAGAAAAAAAUUCUCACUUUCUUCUUAAGUCAUUUUUCCUUGUCCUGCUAAGCUCUUUUAUUACUAUUACACAUAUUCUGAGUGCUGCUUUGCUCUUUAUUUUUCCACUCUCUGUGUCAGCAAGAGGGAGAGUGAAAUGUUCCCCUCCCCCUAGUCUGUCUGGUGCUGCGAUGUUUGGGAUUGAAUUGCAUCCUGAGUGGCUCAGGUGGAGUAGGAAUAGAGUCUUCUGGCUCUUGAACUGAAUCUAGCACCGAGUCCAACUACAUCACUGUGAGAUCUUACAGUGUCGAGACGGACGCUGCUUUGUGCUCAUGAUGUUUGAUGCCCGAAAGACAGGCUUUGCCAUAAUGACUGUCUGUGGUACCUUUAACUUUUAACUUCACCUGCUAUUACAGUCUGUACUGAAGACUUGAAUUUGAACACCGAUCCAUAUUUAAUCAGAUAGACCCCAGGAAAGCUAUAGAAGUUAGGAAUUGGUUUUGUUUCUUUGUAGUUAAAUAUUUUGCUUGGUGCAGAUAAGCUUAAAGAUUCAAGUACAGAAAAAAUGCUGAAGCUACAGGUGAGGUCUGAUUUCUUUAUAAACAUUGUAUCUUUAUUUGCACCACUGCUGGAUAUCUGAAGCAGCACGAGUGCAGCACUCUAUGUCAGAAGCCUCAACAUUGUUCCAAAUAAGAAUGUUAGUAUUCUGCUAAUAUUGCUAAAUUCCUACAGGCUUUGAUGGGAUUUCAGAAAACCCUUCCACAAUCUGACAGCUAUGGCUUGAGAAUUUCUCCCUAAAACUAUUAGACUCACAAAUCCUUGACCGUGUAUAGUUAUCAUAGCAAAAGAUGGUACAGGCUGGUUGUGUAAGCCGUGUGUCUAUAAGAAGUUUUUAACCUUUUUUUAAUUUAUAGCUGGCAUUCCUUUCUCUGAGAAAGGCUUGUGAUUCCCUUAGAGGUGAAAUAAUUUUCUUCUGCUAGUAGUUCUAGCAGUGCAACCACGUGGCUGCUUGUGAAGCACUUCUCUGGCCUCGGGAAGGACCAGUGACCUGUCCUGUCCUUUUUACACUACCGUAGUAUCUCUGUCCUCUCUAGAUGGCAAAGGCAAGCCAAUAGCAAGUUUCUAGUAUCAGCCUGGCAGCAGUGGCCAUCGGUUGUCCUUGGUUCAAAAUGCCCUUUUGCUCUUGGGAAUCUAUCACCAACCUCACUUUCAAAGCAAAUAGUGCCCGAGCCUCCAACCAUCUGUACUUGUGAUCCAGGAACCAGCUGCCGUCCCUGGAAGACAAACUGCAGCUCGUCCCGGGAGCGGGGCCUGUGUAGCAGCAGCCAUUAGCCAGGCGUUUGCGGACGGUUGGUUUUCCUGCUGCGUUGGGGCAGGACGUUAAGCUGCAAGUCAGUUCUUUCCCCAGGGAAGUAAUUGGAACAGUUCUUUAACGGCAUUAGUCGGCAUUGCUGUUUCUGUGACCAGAUAGCUGGGGAUGAACCCCUUAUGCUACCAAGGUGUUGGAACAAUGCGGGCGUGUAGUAAGGAAGUGAACUAGAAGUAAUUUGUCUGAGUCAGACUUUUCGGAUACGUAAGUUACACUCCCUGCCCUCCCCCAGUGCAUUGUGUGGCGAAUUGAGUCCUCUGUUUGUGUUCCUUUUUUAUUAGCAUUAAAACCAAAAGAAAUAAAGAGACAGUUGGGAAGCCACCUGCGAAUCGGCCAAAUGCUUAAGAAUCACAAAGAAGUGCCACUUUUUCCCCCCAGCCCUGGUCGGUUUUGAAUUUUAAGAUGAACAUGGGUUUGUUUGUCUACAUCAACUUUAUUUUCCCUUGUUAUUUCUUCCUCGACACCUGACCAUGAGAUGCUGAGUGCUACUAAAGAGGAGCAGAGUGUCUCAAUGCUCAGCUCAGUUUGUCAAAAAUUAGGAUUGACUGGAUGAAAUUGAAGUGUUCAUUUUAAAAUGAUGCUUCUCCUUCAGAUUUUAAGCCUCUUUUAGAGGCAGUUUUAAAGGUUAAUGAAUCAAACUGAUCAAAAGUUUUCAGCAAGCCUUGAAUAGCAGACCGACUAUACUGAGCUAUUAAUCAUUUAUUUUAUGAAGGAACAAAGCAAGCUCAGGGUUAUUUACUGCCGCUGCAUGCUGCCCUAGCAUACCCACUGUGCUUCACUUCUCUCUGGAGGACAGCUUGUAUGCUAGUGCUGGCUGCCAGGAUCGCUGAAGAACCGUUUCUGGGACAAUUACAUUAUUUAACAAAGGUGAAAAUUAAAUGGCUGCAUGACAUUUGGGUUAGCUAAGGUUUUCUGUACUGCGUUUGAUCCUUUCAGUUAAGGGGAGGAUAUUUCUGAAAGAAAAACUUGUGCUUGUCCAAUUAGUGCCGCAGAGAAGUGCUUACGGAGGUUGCUGCUGCUCUAAGGUGCGAACCUGUGUUCGCAGCGUGAUGGUCCCGGUCGCCGUCUGUGUGUCUGGGCAAUAACCACCUCUGCUCUGGACAGCUGGCUCAGGAGGGAGAGGCUGCAGAAGAGCUUUGAUAUUGGUGCUGCGAGACUUUCUUGCCCUGGUAGACUAGUUCAAGCUCUGCUUUAAACCGAGCCGGGU